AAGUCGUGCAACAUCUCACGAGCUUGGACUGCAUAUAAAAGCACCGGUAAAUUAUCAACAGUUCAUUGCAAGAAGACUUCCCAACGAUGGCACAACCAGAAUUAGCUUUUCUUGAAAUCGAAGCAGGUAGGCCUCCUCGGGACCUCAGCAAUAUAAAAUUGAAUGAAAAUAUCGAGAUUACCAAAGGAAGUUUGGAUGCUCUCGCUCCGAAGGUCAGGCAAUUUGUAAUAGAAUGUGCAGAUUUAUGCACUCCAGCAAAACUUUAUGUUUGCGAUGGAAGCGACGAAGAAAACGAAAGUUUGCUCAAAAUGCUGCACGAAGAAGAUGUGAUAAAGCCUUUAACAGCUUAUAGAAAUAGUUGGUUAGCACGGACUGACCCACAUGAUGUUGCUCGGGUAGAAUCCAAGACUUUUAUCUGUACUGAGAAUAAAGGAGACACCAUCCCAACACCAAAAGGUGAUGCUAAAGGAAGGGUUGGUCAGUGGAUCUCUCCUGAGAAAUUGAAAGAAGAAAUGAGCAAACGGCUACCUAAAUGCAUGUCAGGUCGAACAAUGUAUGUUGUUCCUUUCUGCAUGGGUCCACUUUCCUCCCCUCUUUCCAAGGUUGGCAUUGAGUUGACUGACUCUGCAUAUGUUGCUGUAUGCAUGAGGAUCAUGACCCGCAUGGGGGCAGCUGUCCUCAAACGGCUUGGAAAUGAUACCUUUGUGCGGUGCCUCCAUUCUGAAGGUGUCCCCCUCCCUGCCCCUCCAAGUGAGUAUCAUUGGCCAUGUAAUCCUGACCAAACUAUGAUCACCCAUAUUCCGGUUGAUCGUAAAAUCAUCUCAUUUGGAAGUGGUUAUGGUGGAAACUCCCUUCUUGGAAAGAAAUGUUUUGCUUUGAGAAUUGCUUCAGUGAUUGCAAGAGAUGAAGGAUGGUUGGCUGAGCAUAUGUUGAUUCUUGGUAUAACCAACCCUGAAGGCAAGAAGAAAUACAUUGCAGCUGCAUUUCCAAGUUGCUGUGGCAAGACAAACCUGGCCAUGAUGACUCCUUCCCUCCCUGGCUGGAAAUACGAGUGUGUUGGAGAUGAUAUUGCAUGGAUGAGAUAUGAUGACAAGGGUCAUCUAAGGGGUAUCAACCCUGAGGCAGGUUUCUUUGGAGUGGCCCCUGGUACUUCACAUAAGACCAAUCCAAAUGCUUUGAAAGCUAUUCAGUCAAAUACAAUUUUCACAAACAUUGCUGAGACUGACGAUGGCCGCUAUUAUUGGGAAGGUCUUGAAGAAGAGUUCCCUGAUAUUGACAAACUAACAAUCACGGAUUGGCUUGGCGAGAAAUGGGAGAAAGGUUCUGGAAAGAAAGCAGCUCAUCCUAAUUCUCGUUUCUGUGCUCCAGUCUCCCAAUGUCCCAUCAUUGACCCGGACUGGGAGAAGCCUGCUGGUGUCCCAAUUGAAGCCAUUCUCUUUGGAGGUCGUCGUCCAGACGGUGUACCGUUGAUCUAUGAAUCCUUUGAUUGGGAACAUGGUGUUUUCCUUGGCGCAUGCGUCAAGUCAGAAGCAACUGCUGCCGCUGAGCACAAGGGCCGUGCUGUCAUGCAUGAUCCAUUUGCAAUGCGGCCAUUCUUUGGGUACAAUAUUGGUCACUAUAUUCAACAUUGGUUGGAUAUGAAGAAAAGACCAAAUGCUAAACUACCCAAAAUCUUCCAUGUCAACUGGUUCCGUCAGGAAAAUGAUCAAUUCCUUUGGCCAGGUUUUGGUGAGAACUCCCGUGUGCUGGAGUGGAUUUUCAAACGAUGUGACGGCGAAGACAUCGCGGAGAAGAAAUCCAUUGGUUACAUUCCAAAGCCUGGAACCAUUAACACGCAAGGAAUCGGCGUUUCCAAGGAAACCAUGGAUAAAUUGCUGACCACUGACAAGGAGUUCUUGCUCAACGAAGUGAAAGAGCUGAAGAAUUUCUUUGAUGUUCAAAUAAACAAAGAUUUGCCGCAGGAAAUGUGGGAUCAGCUCAAACAGCUUGAGGAACGUGCUAAUGCUAUGUAAAGACAUGAAUGUUCGUUAUUAUUACCUUCAUAAUCGACCCUAAAUAAUUCUGUUAAUUUUUUGUGUUAUUUAGUCGUGAGUUAUUUAGUAUUAAAGGUCCAACCACUUUGACUAGGUAGACUUGUCGCUAUAAGAUAGAAAGCUGACCAUUUUGGCCGGAGUGUAAAAUCUGGCUUUAUACUUUUGUUUCAUUUUAUAUCUAUAUGUUCAUCAAAAUAAACUAAAAUGACACGAA